GCUUAUGGUGCACGUGUGACGUAUAAGGUAAAGGAAAAGAUCGAAGUUAUUGGACACUAUGACAAAAUGAGAUGUUACUUACGAAAAUUAUGUCGUCGCCCGUUGCUUUUGGUGGUGUACACCCUUUUCUUUUAUGGCUUCCUACGUUGUUUACUAUCAUCGUUGAGUUUCUCCUACAGUCUAGGAAGCGAAAUAGUUGCUGACUUUACGAUCCCGAAAUUAGGUAGAAAUUUACCAAUUUGCGUCCAUAAUUUGCUAAAUCAAAGUGACUAUCAUUACGUCACAUGGGCAAGGACGUCGUUCAACAGCAACCAUCUCUUGUCUAAAACAAAAGACGAAUAUUCUUGUCGAUUAAUGUCUUACACGAUCAAACAGUCGGUGACGUGUUUCGACGUCCAGGUUGAAGGCACUGCCGGACGAAAUGAAAAUCCUUUCGUUGAAAGAUUUCCAAAGAUACAUUUCGUUUUCAUUGGAGAUUCCAGGAUACGACAACAAUUUUUCUAUUUUUUAAAGCUUAUCCCGGAUUACGACAGAAUAACCAAUCCUGUGGAAAUUCCUCAGAACGCCCUCCCGUUCCAUCACGGAGAUGUUGAUGUCGACAGUAGAGUCCUCGGAGUGCGAAUCUCGUUUAAAUGGCGACCCAUCAUAAACGAUACACUGAUUGAAAUGAUAGACCAUUGGGCGAUCGCAAACCCCACUGAACGACCCAAUUGGGUUUUAUUAGGUAUGGAAAUUUACCACAUGCUGCAACAAUAUGGAGCUGACCAUCAGCUUUACCAAGAGAAGCUCGCACAAUUUGGACCCAUCCUCAACAAGUUGGCCAGUGUCAGCCAAGUGAUAUGGCUUAAUCAGUACCCGGUGAUCGAGCUCUAUGCAAAAACAGGUGCGAAGAACACAGAUAUCCACGGGCGAAAGGUUGAUCAGUACAACAAAGCGACGCGCCGUAUACUCAAGAAUUUUAAAAACAUACGGAUAUGGGAUUCGAGUAAUGCCUUGACAGAAGAAUAUGUUCGUAGCUGUCUAAUAAACCGUGAACGUGAAAACCCCGAUCCAUUUUUCGUCAAAAAUGGCAAGGAUCAAUUCAUCAACUGCAAGCCGUAUGUAAAUUGCCUGGAUUUUGUGCAUACAGGUUAUGUAGCUCUUUCUAGUGCUACACAGCUUUUAUACAACGAUGUUUGUAAUAAUCUGUUGUACCAACAGGGAAACAUAAAAUAAAC